UCUUUCUUCACCCUAUAUAACUCCUGGUUAUUACUAUCAAUCAGUCCACCAUGGGAAUGAGCAGCAUGAAGGUGCGUCAGUUCGCACGUGGAUUCUGGGACUCAUCCACCACCAAUCUUGAGCCCUCCCUCAGCCUUGGAUGCAAGCGCUUACGCCCUCUCGCUCCCAAACUCUCCGACACCACUGCAACCACUACUCUCGCUCCUUUCGAUCUCAAGAGCUUCAUCAGACCUGAAAGUGGCCCUAGAAACAAGUCACCAUCCCCUCAGGACCAUGAGAAGAAAGAUUCAUCCUCCCCCACUCAGGUAGAGAUGCACCCGGGAGGGACGCGCUGGAAUCCAACACAAGAGCAGAUAGGGAUACUGGAAAUGCUGUACAGAGGAGGAAUGCGGACCCCAAAUGCUCAUCAGAUAGAGAAAAUCACGGCUCAGCUUGGCAAGUACGGCAAGAUUGAAGGCAAGAAUGUCUUUUACUGGUUCCAGAAUCACAAAGCACGUGAAAGACAGAAGCAAAAACGUAGCACCCAUGCUCUCACUCACUCUCCAAGAACCCCGACUCCUGUAAUUACCGCCACCGAAGAGGUACUGGAGAGAGAGGAAGACAGUUUAUACAAGAGGAAGUGCAGAAGCUGGGCCUUUGAUUGUUUGGCAGACGAUUCGAGUACUAUAACUUGUAACAACGACGUAGUUGAGGGAGAUAGGACCCUGGAGCUCUUCCCAUUACGCCCUGAAGGCAUGAGAUGAGCAACAGAUCGACGAGGCCAGCCAGCUUUAGUUUGUUUUCCCACUAGUACUAGUACUACUCUGACAUGUGCUUUUCUUUUUUUCUUUGUUUCGGGAAAAGAAGAAAAGGACAUGUAAUUCUGUUUCAUCACUUUCAUGUACUGAUCGAUCAUCUAUCUACCUACUAGUGCCUUUUGAAAACCAAAGCAAGGCUUUGUCAAUUGUCACUAGCUAGAAUAGACAACUCUUUAUUCCAAGCAAGUUCUGAUC